AUGGCAGUAGAGAAGCGCUUGGCAUUCUCUAUUGUGCAGUUCCUGCGAGAUCAAAUGCACUGUGGUGCUUUGAAUUCCGAUGAGCAGGAAAGCCUCGAAGGUAGGUCAGCGUAGGAUCACUGUCUGUUCACAAAGUUUCUGGUAAAACUGCUUUUGAAAAUACUGUACCCUGCUCUCUCCAAUUCAGGGAUUUGUAAACUUGGUUGGUGACUCAGUUGUGGGUGGACUAUAAUAACAUGUGCACUAUGUUUUCUUAUCUAAUGGACCUACACGUAGCUGCCAAAACAAAGGAAACACCAACAUAAAUUGUCAUAUUAGGGUAUUGGGCUACCACGAGCCACCAGAACAGCUUCAAUGUGCAUUGGCAUAGAUUCUACAAGUGUCUAGAACUCUAUUGGAGGGAUGCAACACCAUUCUUCCACAAUAAAUUCCAUCAUUUGGUGUUUUGUUGAUGGUGGUGGAAAACGCUGUCUUGGCCGCCACUCCAGAAUCUCCCAUAAGUAUUCAAUUGGGUUGAGAUCUGGUGACUGAGACAAACACACACACACACACACACACACACACACACACACACACACACACACACACACACACACACACACACACACACACACAUAUAUACACACACACACACACAACAACUUUAAAACCACCUAUGCUCCUAUGAGACCCCUCUUUCAAAGUCACUGAGAUCUCUUCUUCUAGCCAUGGUAGCCAAAAUAAUGGGCAAACUGGGCAUUUUUAUACAUGACCCUAAGCAUGGGAUGGGAUGUUAAUUGCUUAAUUAAAUCAGGAACCAUACCUGUGUGGAAGCACCUGCUUUCAAUAUACUUUGCAUCCCUCAUUUACGCAAGUGUUUCUUAUUUAGGUAGUUACCUGUAUAACCAUAAUAUAAACAGCUCCAUUGAAUUGAAGCUACUCAGUGUUGACUAUUAUGUAAUUUCAACUAUUUUUUUCCCUUGUAGUUGCAAUACAAUGUUUGGAGACCACCUUCAAGAUCAACUCCAGUGACUGUCAUCUCACAGCACCACAACCUCUCACUGAAAUAUUCCUGAAUUCUCUCCUCAAGGUGGGGUUACUCUCUGAUUCACUACCUUGUUUCAAACUCGUUUACCCAAACUACAACAUUCACCUGUCUGUGUGCAGUUCAUCAAUCAUGCUCAAAUCAGUAACCUCACAAUCAGUAAACUACAAUAAUGUAUAAUGUGUAUGAGGCUUUAUUGAUAUUUUACUUUAUCUGUCAUUGUAUUUUCCUCAGAAUGAUCAGAAUAACCCGGCGCCACCAGAGACGUCCCCAUCACCAGAAGACACAGAGAGAGCAGAACAACUGAAGAAUGAAGGUACCUGGCACUGUUUUAAAAUGUAGUGUAGACUUAUGAUAAAUACACGUUGGAUGAGUGCAAACUCAGUUUUCCUUCAUAUUGACAAUGUUUUGUAAUGUUGUCAUAAAAUCUGUCAGUAGAUGUGAUCUGAUCAUCAGGCUGAAAUAAAAAACAAAACAAAAAACGCCAUUUCAUUUUCAGGGAAUAAUCACAUGAAAGAGGAGAACUACAGCUGUGCGGUGGAAUGCUACUCAAAAGCCAUUGAUCUGGACCUCCGAAACGCUGUCUACUACUGCAACAGGUACACACAACCGCUUCUGAAAAAGUAUUAACACUGUAUUCAAAUGAGAAAUAUAUAACAUAACACCUAAAUUAUGUCUGUAUCUAUUGUGUUUUUAUACCAACUAUAUUGGUAAUAAUUUUUGUAAAACUGUGACAAUAACUCAUGAUAUGCUUGUACUAUGCAUAGAUAAUGCAGUCACAGUCACAGGACUGUCUGAGCUGAAAGACAUAGUGGCAUACACAUCUGGUGAACCAGACUACUAGGCAGGCACACAGCUGCUGCAGCCUUUGCAUGUGCCUGCCUUAUUGAUCUGAGUGCAAAUAAAUGAACCUGAGUGUCUGGUUGUGUGUCUGGCUGUUGCUGUUGUCGUCACCGCAGGGCUGCAGCCCACAGUAAACUGGGGAACUACACAGAAGCAACGGGGGACUGUGAGAGGGCCAUAGGGAUCGACCCCAGCUACAGUAAAGCCUAUGGGAGAAUGGGGUGAGUUAGACAUGGGAGAGGAGUGGAAAUGUUGUUUACAAUGUCUAGUCAUGUAUCCUUUGAGGAAUAUGGCCUUUGUUUAGAGAGCAAUAGUAGUAUCUGAUGAUAAUGCAAGAAUUUGGCUUGAAAAUAGUCAUUGUUUUGCUCUGGAGUUAAACUUAAUGCACUUCUCCAAUGUAUCUUAUUCUCUGUGUGUCUCUAGAUUGGCAUUUACUGCUAUAAAUAAAUACCCAGAGGCCAUUUCCUACUUUAAGAAAGCUCUGGUGUUAGAUCCAGAGAACGACACCUACAAAUCCAACCUGAAGAUUGUUGAGCAGAAGCAAAAAGAGGCAGCCAGUCCUGUAAGUAGUGCUGUUUUACCUCCUUGUGGAAUUUCAUGUCUGAAGGUCAAUCUAAGCAAAAACACUAUAACACAUGUAAUAAUAUAUAAUUACUCCCCUACAAAUACUGGCACUACAGCGCCAAUAAUGGACACUUCAUUUACAUGUGAACACAACUCUCACUAGAGUUCUUCAUGUACUAUUAAAUGUGUAUCUUAUAUCCCACGGGUAUUCAAGUGUGUCAAGAUGUCACAGUUGUGUCAACAGCUGUAUCAGACACAAUUAAACAUUCCUGCUUUGAGCAGUGGUACAAAAUGAUAUCAUACUGAACCUACAGACGGAUUUUUCUUGUCAGAUUCAGCUUCAAACUGCACUAUGAAACAAAGAUAAAUGAUAUAAAGAAUGAUAGUCAAAAGCUUUGGAGCACCUUAAAUACAAUUUUGGCCAAAAAGGCAAACUCGGCUCCAUCAUUCAUUGAAUCAGAUGGCUCAUUCAUCACAAAACGCACUGGUAUUGCCAACUUCUUUCAUGAUUUUUUCAUUGGCAAACUUAGACAUGACAUGCCAACAACAAAUUCUGAACCUACACAUCCAUGCAUAACUAACCAAAUUAUGAAAGACAAGCAUUGUAAUUUUGUUGUCUAUCACAAUGACAAGCCACCUGGGUCUGACAACUUGGAUGGAAAAUUUCUGAGGAUGAUAGCGGACGAUAUUGCCACUCCUAUUUGCCAUCUCUUCAAUCUAAACCUACAGGAAAGUGUGUGUCCUCAGGCCUGGAGGGAAGCAAAAUUCAUUCCGCUAUGCAAGAAUAGCAAAGCACCCUUUACUGGCUCAAACAGCCAACCAAUUAGCCUGUUACCAAACCUUAAUAAACUUUUGGAAAUAAUUUAGUUUGACCAGAUACAAUGCUAUUUCACAGUAAACAAAUUAAUAACAGAUUUUCAGCACGCUUAUAGCAAAGGGCAUUCAACAUGUACGGCACUUACACAAAUGACUGAUAAUUGGCUGAGAGAAAUUUAUAAUAAAAAGAUUGUGGAAGCUGUUUUGUUAGAUGUCAGUGCAGCCUCUGACAUUAUCGAUCAUAAUCUGCUGCUUGAAAAAACGUAUGUGUUAUGACUUUAGAUCCCCUGCUAUAUUUUGGAUUGAAAGUUACCUGUCUAACAGAACUCAGAGGGUGUUCUUUAAUGGAAGCCUCUCCAACAUAAUCCAGGUAAAGUGAGGCAUUCCCCAGGGCAGCUGUCUAGGCCCCUUACUUUUUUCAGUCUUUACUAAUGACCUGCCACUGGCUCUGAGUAAAGCAUGUGUGUCUAUGUAUGCUGAUUACGCAACACUAUACACGUCAACUACCACAGCAAGUGAAAUCCCUGUAAGCAACACUUAACAAAGAGCUGCAGUCAGUUUCAGAAUGGGGUGGCAAGAAAUAACUAAAAGCAUUGUAUUUGGGACAAAUCAUUCACUAAACCCUAAACCUCGACUAAGUCUUGUAAUGAAUAAUGUGGCAAUUGAGCAAAUUGAGGAGACUAAACUGCUUGGAUUAACCCUGAAUUGUAAACUGUCAUGGUCAAAACAUAUUGAUGCAACAGCAGCUAACAUGGGGAGAGGUCUGUCCAUAAUAAAGCGUUGCUCUGCCUUCUUAACAACACUAUCAACAAGGCAGGUCCUACCGGCUGGCCCUUAAAUGUACAUUUUUUCUUUUUUUCUUUUUUUUUUACAUGGAAAGCUAAGUGUACACUGGCUCAAAAUAGAGGAGAGAUUGACUUCAUCACUACUUGUGAGAAGUAUUGACAUGUUGAAUGCACCAAGCUGUCUGUUUAAACUACUAGCACACAGCUCAGACACCCAUGCAUACCCCACAAGACAUGCCGUCAGAGGUCUCUUCACAGUCCCCAAGUCCAGAACAGACUAUAGGAGGCGCACAGUACUACAUAGAGACAUGACUACAUGGAACUCUAUUCCACAUCAAGUAACUCAUGCAAGCAGUAAAAUCAGAUUUAAAAAACAGAUAAAAAUACACUUUAUGGAGUGUGAAGAGACGGGGAGUGUGAAGAGACACACACACAGGCACAGACACAUGUAUACAUACACACGAUAACAUACGUACUAUAAACACGUACACAUGGAUUUUGUGUUGUAGAUACAGUAUGUGGUAGUAGAGUAGUGGCCUGAGGGCACACACUUAAUGUGUUGUGAAAUGUAUUGUAAUGUUUUAAAAAUGGUAUAUAACUGCCUUAAUUUUGCUGGACCCCAGGAAGAGUAGCUGCUGCCUUGGGAGCAGCUAAUGCGGAUUCAUAAUAAAUACAAAUACAAAAAUGAAGCCUUUGAAUGUUUGCUUGUUAUAGACAGCUACUGGACUGGGAUUUGACAUGGCCAGCCUCAUCAACAACCCUGCCUUCAUCAGCAUGGUAAGACUGUGAUUAGUGCUGGGCUGGAACAAACACCUGCACACAGCAUAUACUGUGCAUUCGGAAAGUAUUCAGACCCCUUCCCUUUUUCCACAUUUUGUUACGUUACAGCCUUAUUCUAAAAUGAAUAAAAUAAAAUAAAUAUCUCAUCAAUCUACACACAAUACCCCAUAAUGACAAAGUGGAAACAGGUUUAUACAUUUAUUUUGAUUUGGAAAGGUACACACCUGUCUAUAUAAGGUCCCACAGUUGAGCAAAAACCAAGCCAUGAGGUCGAAGGAAUUGUCCGUAGAGCUCCAAGACAGGAUUGUGUCGAGGCACAGAUCUGGGGAAGGGUACCAAAACAUUUCUGCAUUGAAGGUUCCCAAGAACACAGUGGCCUCCAUCGUUCGUAAAUGGAAGAGGUUUGGAACCACCAAGACUCUUCCUAGAGCUGGCCGCCCGGCCUAAACUGAGCAAUCGGGGGAGAAGGGCCUUGGUCAGGGAGGUGACCAAGAACCUAAUGGUCACUCUGACAGAGCUCCAGAAUUCCUCUGUUGAGAUGGGAGAACCUUCCAGAAGGACAACCAUCUCUGUAGCACUCCACCAAUCAGGCCUUUAUGGUAGAGAGGCCAGACGGAAGCCACUCCUCAGUAAAAGGCACAUGACAGCCUGCUUGGAGUUUGCCAAAAGGCACCUAAAGGACUCUCAGACCAUGAGAAACAAGAUUCUCUGGUCUGAUGAAACCAAGAUUGAACUCUUUGGCCUGAAUGCCAAGCGUCACGUCUGGAGGAAACCUAGCACCAUCCCUACGGUGGAAGCAUGGUGGUGGCAGCAUCAUGUUGUGGGGAUGUUUUUCAGCAGCAGGGACUGGGGGACUAGUCAGGAUCGAGGGACAGAUGAACAGAGAAAAGUUCAGAGAGAUCCUUGAUGAAAACCUGCUCCAGAGCGCUCAGGACCUCAGACUGGGGCGAAGGUUCACCUUCCUACCGGACAACGACCCUAAGCACACAGCCAAGACAACACAGGAAUGGUUUCGGGACAAGUCUCUGAAUGUCCUUGGCCCAGUCAGAGCCCGGACUUGAACCCGAUCAAACAUCUCUGGAGAGACCUAAAAAUAGCUGUGCAGCGAUGCUCCCCAUCCAACCUGACAGAGCUUGAGAGGAUCUGCAGAGAAGAAUGGGGAAAAACUCCCCAAAUACAGGUGUGCUAAGCUUGUAGCGUUAUACCCAAGAAGACUCAAGGCUGUAAUCGCUGCCAAAGGUGCUUCAACAAUGUAGUGAGUAAAGGGUCUGAGUACUUAUGUAAAUGUAAUAUCCGUUUUUUAUUUUUAUACAUUUGCAAAACAUUUCUAAAAACCUGUUUUUGCUAUGUCAUAAUGGGGUAUUGUGUGUAGAUUGAUGAGAGAGAAAAAAACUAUUUAAUCCAUUUUAGAUUAAGACUGUAACGUAACAAAAUGUGAAAAAGUCAAGGGGUCUGAAUACUUUCUGAAUGCACUGUACCUGGGUGGAAAUAGAUGUUGUUUUCCUUAAGGUACUUUAGGUGUGCUUAUACAGUGCACCAGAUGUGGGAGGUGGGGGUAUGCACUUUUGGGACUAUGCCAUUGGUUCUAUUACAUCAGACAAGUAAAUCAAGCGCACCUGCAAUAUUUGAAAGAAAAUAAAUACUAUAUUCGACCCAGGUCUAAACCACAUUGCAGUCCCUCCAGGGCCAAAGCCAUCCCUGGUCUAGACAAAUCCUUAACACAGGUUCCUCAUACUUAUUUUAUGAGUGUUUGUGAUACGGUUACUAGUGGAGAAUGCUUCCUAAAAUUGACCACAUGCCUGACACAGUUGGCCUGGUAUUCCACCAAUGCCAUUGUCAAGGGGCCUGGGGACAUUCAAGGGGUUGAUCAUGACUGGUUGAUUGAACGGGUGGCUGAUGGAAUGCCUGCCAGGCAGAGAGUGCAUGUCUUUAUAAGCAUACCAAUCCUCCAUGGCAGCAGCUGGGCUGAAUCAUAGUUUUACUAGACAGCUAUGAAAUUGGUACCAGCGCUAAGUAGCCACGCCACUGGAGAAUGCAUCUGGUUCCCCCUUAACGCUGUUAAUUAAUUGUCCUUUUCACACAUUUAAAUGGGAGACAUGGUGAUUGGCUUUGUGUGUAUUUGCAGGCCGCCAGUGUGAUGCAGAACCAGCAAGUGCAACAGCUGUGAGUGUUCUGCAUGUUUCAGCAUACACAGGGCUGGGGCUCAAUAGUGUGAGGUGUCCUUUCCUCAUCUCGUUUCCUUCAUCUGCACUGAUCUGAAUGAAUAAAUAGGUGAAAGCCACCCCACUGAAACUAUUGAGACACAGCUCAUCAAUAUUACCCCUACCUACAGUAUAUGUACAGUACAUAGCUACCUUCAAUUACCUCAUACCCCUGCACAUCGACUUGGUACUGGUACUCCCUGUAUAUAGUCAUGUUAUUUUUACUCUUUAUUUGUAUUCGUUAUUAAGUGUGUAUUUAUUCCUUGUGUCACAAUUUCUAUUUUUUAUUAAAAUGUGUAUCUUAUCUUUAACUCUGCAUUGUUGGAAAAGGACCCGUAAGUAAGCAUUUCACUGUUAGUCUACACCUGUUGUCUACGAAGCAUGUGACAAAUAAAAUUUGAUUUAUGUUUUACUUUACAAAAAUACCCUACAUCCCACUAAUUCAUAAUCCUGUGAUCAUUGCUUGAAGAAAGUCAGAAUUUAGGAAUUACUGUUCAAUUAUGCUCAGAUGUGUUACAAGGUUUUUGUCAUAAAAUGGCGUGUGACACAUGUUUAUAACUCUUUUGGGUUUUCUCUCUCUCUGUGGGCAGUAUGUCAGGGAUGAUGUCCAAUGCAGUGGGGGGUCCAGCAGCAGGAGUGGGGGGACUGUCGGACAUCUCCAGCCUGAUUGAAGCGUAUGGCAGCACCAUAGGGUUAUUACUGUAACAUACACAGGGACUCACAUUAGGGCUCUAAUUACACAUUUAAAAAAGCAUCAGACAUCAAGAAUUAGUGAGGUUUCAUUUUGACUAAAUUAUCAUGAAUGUUCCUUGACAUUUUAAAAGAUUUUAGAUAGUUUCCUUUAAAUAUUUGAUGUAGGAUGCUACAUCCUAGUUGUAUCACAAGCUGCCUGACACAAUGAGUACAUUAACAUGAUAAGUAAAGCAGAGAAACACUAAAUGCUAACUCCCCUGGUCUCUCUCCGUUUGCAGCGGUCAGCAGUUUGCCCAGCAGAUCCAGCAGCAGAACCCAGAGCUGAUCGAACAGCUGAGGAACCACAUCCGCAGCCGGUCCUUCAGUGGCAACGCUGAGGAGCACUCGUGA